AGGAAGAGUCGCUAAGGAAAAAGCCGCAGGAUGGAGAGAGAAUUUGUGUAUGAAUUCAACGCUGGGAACCAGCAUUUUGUGCUUACCGUGCCGCUGACCUUCCCUGCCCAAGAAAAUGUUAGUCAUUUGCCUAGGCGUCUGAUGCUUCUUCAUAAUUUGCCUUGCUUCGUAGAAAAUGGCUUAAGAGAGUCUCUUGCUAAAUUCAUAGAGGAGGAAUCUGUAGAAGAUUUUGACAGAGAAGCAGAAGCGGCUCUAGAAGCUGUAAAAUCUGGUAAAAUGGAUUUACACCAGCUGGCGAAGGCUUGGGCCCAAGCUUACACUGAAGCAACAUCAGAGUAUGCCAGACCAGAAGACCCCAGCUGGGAUGAAGAUUUUGCAGAUGUUUAUCAUGACUUGAUCCACUCUCCUGCCUCUGAAACUCUGUUAAACUUGGAACAUAAUUAUUUUGUUAGCAUCUCUGAAUUAAUAAGUGAAAGGGACAUGGAGCUAAAAAAACUGCGAGAAAGACAAAGAGCAGAAAUGGAUAAGGUGAUGCAAGAACUGGGGAAAUCAUUAACAGAUCAAGAUGUAAACAAGUUGGCAGCUCAGCACUUUGAAUCCCAGCAGCUACUGGAGAACAAGUGGAACAAUGAAUUGAAACAAACCACGGCAAUCCAAAAACAAGAGUAUCAAGAAUGGGUUGUAAAACUUCACCAGGAUCUGAAAAAUCCCAACAGUACUAUUGGUGAUGAGAUCAAAGUUACUCCUAAUCAGUGGAGAGAAUCUGAAGAAGGAACUGGAAGACUCUUUGAGGACCAGAGGCAAUUGGAAGAAAGUUUCACUAUCCAUUUGGGAGCACAGCUGAAAACCAUGCAUAAUCUGCGACUACUGAGGGCAGAUAUGCUGGAUUUCUGCAAGCACAAGCGCAGUCACCGCAGCGGAGUCAAACUCCACCGUCUUCAAACUGCACUAUCACUUUAUUCAACUUCCCUUUGUGGUCUAGUCUUGCUAGUAGAUAAUCGCAUCAGUUCGUAUAGUGGGAUCAAAAGAGAUUUUGCAACAGUUUGCCAGGAGUGUACAGAUUUCCAUUUUCCUGGAGUUCAGGAGCAGCUUGAAGUUGUUCAGCAAGUUGUCCUUUAUGCUCGAGCACAACACAGUAGUAAGGCCAAAAAACUAAGUGAAGCAGGAAACAGAAAUAGUGGCAAUGAAGAUAAAUCUAAGAAUGGGGAACAGAAUCAAUUAAAUAUUUUUCCAGGAGAAUUUUAUAUCACCCGACAUUCAAAUCUCUCUGAAAUUCAUGUGACUUUUCAUCUUUGUGUGGAUGACAAUGUGAGGUCAGGUAAUAUUACAGCCCGGGAUCCUGCAAUCAUGGGCCUCCGAAAUAUCCUUAAAGUGUGCUGCACCCAUGACAUCACCACAAUUAGUAUUCCUCUUCUGCUGAUACAUGAUAUGUCUGAAGAAAUGACAAUAUCUUGGUGCCUGAAAAGAGCAGAACUUGUAUUUAAGUGUGUCAAAGGAUUUAUGAUGGAAAUGGCUUCCUGGGAUGGUGGGAUUUCUCGAACUGUUCAAUUCUUGGUACCACAAAGUAUUUCUGAAGAAAUGUUUUACCAACUGAGUAACAUGUUGCCACAGAUUUUCCGUGUGUCAUCUACGCUAACUCUGACAUCCAAACACUGAACUCCCUCCAAAGUUCUGCAAAAUUAAUAAGAUGAUACUGGAUUUUAAUAUCUGAAACAUUCUGAUAACUUGAACAUGAUUGAGGAAAUUCCUAACAAGCAUCUACAAUAUUAAAAAAAAAAAAAUCACUGUACUUUCAUGCCUAUACAAAGGGAAAUGGGUAAUGGGUUAUUUUUUUUCUUUCUUUAUUUUUAUUUUAUUUUUGCCAUUUUGUAUUCCAGGCCUACCCACUGUUAAAUGCUAUUCUAAGGUCCUUCCAACUCUUAGAUAACAAGAACUGUAGUAGAAAGAUGGGAAGCUAAAAAUGUCUGUGUAUAACUGGAAAGUAGCUGUAUGUUGAAAAUAUAAUUAUCAAAGGAAAAAACUGUUGCUUUUUUUCUAGAUAUGGAUGCAUUCACAUAGAAGUUUACUUACCUGUUUUGUUUUGAGUGUGAUACCAAUUUGUUACUUCACAGAAUAGAAUGUUAACACAGGUAAAUAUAAUAACACAUGCUAAACAGUUUUUAUAUUAGCAGAUGGGAUUUUAGAUUAUAUUUUAUUCUGUAGGGCUGUAACUCCUACUUUGAAAUAUUUGGCUGGAUUUUUGCAGCCCAAAUAUAGUAGUUAUAUUUGAGAUGGCAUUAUGUUUUGGUCUUGAGUUCAUAAAAGAGAUAAACAUGGAGAAUUCAAAACCACUGCAGUAAAUUAAGAGCUUUAAUUUUUUAAUAAGAGCAGGGAAGCAAUUCAUGUCCUUCCAAUUUCAUUGUGGGAUUCAUGCACUUUACCUAACCAUAUACUGUGACCUUUGCUUGGUUUUAACUUCAUAUGUUGUGUAAACUCAGCCAUUGUAGUUUGUAAAUCAUGGCUUAAAAAUUGAUUCACACGAUGUGUAGAAAAUAUUUCCUCUGAAAAGACAUAAGAUAUUUUCUAUACUAUAGAUCAGCGGUUCUCAACCUAUGGGUCGCGACCCCAUUUGGGGUCGAUCGACCAUUUUGCGGGGGUCGCGAAACAACGCGAUCUGCCAUUUUCCCCCCCAGGGGGCGGCGCCGCGCAUGUGUGCCGCGCAUGCGUGUGACGGGGUCGCCGUCACACAAAGAUUGAGAAUUGCUGCUAUAGAUAGUAAAGAUAACAUCAGAACAACUACAUCUUAGUUAUCUUUCUGCCAGUAAGCAAAAACAUUUUCCUUUAUAAAGUACAUUGAAGGGCUUCUGUUGUUGAUUUGGUCGAACAUGGUGCUGUUCGAUAAUGGUAAUAGUGGAGAAAGAUGGGAUUGAAGUUGAAGAAAUACAUUAUUUUUAAAAAAAUAUAACUAUAAUUAAACCAGACAUGCUUCUGCUCUGCUCUUGGUACAGGCAUGCCUCUUUCAUCUAGAUUAAGAAAUGAGUUUGUAACCCACAGUUAAUACUAAUAUCAGUUUGAUUUUAAGUUGGUAUUUAAAUAUAUAUAUAUAUAUAAACAAGAUAAUGGAGUAUAUAGAGAAGAAAAUACAUAUAACUCAGAUUAUGCCUGGCUCAUAUGCAAUUAUUAUGACUUUGUUGUGCAUAAUAAAUAUAAAUUAAGUGAAGGAAAAUCAUAUAUUGCCAUUUUGGUGGUCAAAUUUCCCACUGUGGAGAUUUUCUAACAUAUUUGUCACCUUGGCAACAUUUCCAGUUCUUUCCUGUUUUCCAGGAUCUUGUUAAUACUUGUCUCUUAAGGUAUUGCUUGGAUUAUCCAGAAGAAAAAGAAAAAGGCCAAGUUAAGAUCCAAUGAAAUAAUCAGAGUUAUGGCUUGCCUAUUUAAUAAAAACUUAAAUCCAAAACGAUUGAAAUAUUUUAGAGAUAGUCCUCAACUUAUGACCAGUUGCUUAGUGACUGUUUGAAGUUAUGAUGGAUCUUAAAAGUACUUAUGACACAGAUUCAAAGUUCGAAGGCUGGGUUCCCCUGCAGUCAUAUGAUUGCAUUUUUGGCAAUUAGCAAGCAGCCCACAUUUAUUUAUUUAUUUAUUUAUGAGACUUAUAUACCGCUUUAAGUGCAAGCACUCUCUAAGCGGUGUACACCA